CAGAAAAGCGCGUUCGUCUCCUAUAAAACAUGCUCGUCUCUCUCUCUAGCUCCACACUUAUCACGCCACUCCCUCUCGCCCUGGAUACUCCUUCCAAUGGAUAUCCGACGGAGGCCUCCUAAACCGCCGGUUAAUAACCCUAACCGCUUCUCCAACGAUGACGAUCAACGCCGGACAACAACGAUUCCUCCCAAGGCCUCGGACGCGCUUCCUCUCCCUCUCUACCUCACCAACGCCGUCUUCUUCACUCUCUUCUUCUCCGUCGCCUACUACCUCCUCCACCGCUGGCGCGACAAGAUCCGUUACAACACCCCUCUCCACGUCGUCACCGUCACCGAGCUCGGCGCGCUCAUCGCCCUCGUCGCCUCCUUCAUCUACCUCCUAGGCUUCUUCGGCAUCGACUUCGUCCAAUCGUUCAUCUCACGCGCCGACACCAACGACACCGAUGCUAACGAUUUCGAAGACCACCGCCUCGUCACGUGCCCACCCAGGUUGGAUUUGGAAAGAGUCCGCCCCAUACUAAAUUACUCUCUAGAUCCGCCCCCACCACCGAUCGUCUGCGUCGCCAAAUCACCGAUUCCGGAUCCCGCGCUCCCCGAGGAAGACGAGGAGAUAGUGAAAUCCGUAAUCCACGGCGCGAUCCCUUCCUACUCUCUCGAGUCUCGUCUCGGAGAUUGCAAGAGAGCGGCGGCGAUACGGCGCGAGGCGCUGCAGAGGAUAACCGGGAGGUCGAUCGAAGGAUUACCGUUGGAUGGGUUCGAUUACGAAUCCAUAUUGGGGCAAUGCUGCGAGAUGCCCGUUGGGUACGUGCAGAUUCCCGUGGGGAUCGCUGGGCCUUUGUUGCUUGAUGGGUACGAGUACUCUGUUCCGAUGGCUACGACGGAAGGGUGUUUGGUUGCUAGCACUAAUAGAGGAUGUAAGGCUAUGUACGUCUCUGGUGGAGCGACGAGUACGGUGGUUAAGGAUGGUAUGACGAGAGCGCCUGUGGUUAGGUUCGCGUCGGCGAGAAGAGCUUCGGAGCUUAAGUUUUUCUUGGAGGAUCCUGAGAACUUUGACACGUUGGCUGUUGUCUUCAACAGAUCAAGUAGAUUCGCGAGGCUGCAGAGUGUCAAGUGUACACUUGCAGGGAAGAAUGCUUAUGUAAGGUUUAGUUGCAGCACUGGUGAUGCUAUGGGGAUGAAUAUGGUAUCCAAAGGUGUCCAGAAUGUUCUUGAGUUCCUCACUGAUGAUUUUCCUGACAUGGAUGUCAUCGGAAUAUCCGGUAACUUCUGUUCGGACAAGAAACCUGCAGCUGUGAACUGGAUCGAGGGACGUGGCAAAUCAGUGGUAUGCGAGGCAGUAAUCAAAGGAGAGAUUGUUAACAAGGUGUUGAAAACGAGCGUGGCUGCUUUAGUGGAGCUGAACAUGCUCAAGAACCUCACUGGCUCUGCUGUUGCAGGCUCUCUAGGUGGAUUCAACGCUCACGCCAGCAACAUAGUCUCUGCUGUGUUCAUAGCUACUGGCCAAGAUCCAGCUCAAAACGUAGAGAGCUCUCAAUGCAUCACAAUGAUGGAAGCCAUUAACGACGGGAAAGACAUCCACGUCUCCGUCACUAUGCCAUCUAUUGAGGUGGGGACAGUGGGAGGAGGAACACAGCUUGCGCCUCAAUCAGCGUGUUUAAACCUGCUGGGAGUUAAAGGAGCGAGCACGGAGUCACCGGGGAUGAACUCAAGGAGGCUAGCGACGAUAGUGGCGGGAGCAGUUUUGGCGGGAGAGUUAUCUUUAAUGUCAGCAAUAGCAGCUGGACAACUUGUGAAGAGUCACAUGAAAUACAAUAGAUCCAGCAGAGACAUAUCUGGAGCAACGACAACAACAUGAUCUGAGUCAUCAUUGUCAUCAUCUGUGUGGCCCAAAACUAGAAGGACAAAAAAUCUAAAGAAGGCAGGCUUUUACAACUCAUUCACUCAUAACUCUGGUGGACAUGUUUAGCCAUGUGGGUGGUGCCUUGCCUUGUUUUGUUCAAUAAAAGCUUAACUUUUUUUUUUUUUAACUUGAAACUUUUUUUUUUGGGAUUAAGUGUGAGAUAGAGAGCGAGAACAUGUUUCUUC